CCCAUGGGGGCGGCCGCGGAAUCCUCUGGCGCCUUUGCCAAGUCCCUCGGAUUAGCCUUCGGCCCACGCGGCCCUGGGACUCUCCACACCGGAACCGGGGCGGGGCCGCGCAGAGUUGUCCCAGCCGUGGGUUCUAGCCCCAGCACGGGCUUCCGACUGCUCAGCGAGUCUCUGCUCGACCCUAAAAGUGUUAAUUGUGGUUCGUGUGCAGGAGGCUGGUGAUUUGGCAGAACCAUCGCAAACUGCUCCACUCCGCUCUGGCCCAGCUGGUACCUCCGGGGCAAGGCAGGUUUUUGGUUUGUCGCCGGAAGUCACCGAUUGGUGCAUGAAGGGGUGGGCGGUCUAGGAUCCCACACUCUCAAAACUGUUCUAAGGUCUUGCUCUAGGUCACUUUGUUGGAGAGAAACUCACCUUUUUGACUAAAGCGUUAAUGCUCUCCAAAAGCCUGGUGCUGCCGCUGAUUGUUUGCUGUGAAGAAAAAAUCAGCAUGUCUUCCUCCAGAUUGGGGCUCCGUUUGGCUGCCUGUUUACUAAACAUUUCAGAAGCCAGAAGAAAACACAUUGUUGAGAACAUAGCAAAAGCAGCUCUUCUUGGAAAAAAUGGGAAGAAACAUCCUGAAGUAUCAGUGCUCAAUAUAUUUUCUGAUCAAGACUACAACAGAUCAGUCAUUACAAUAGCAGCUUCUAUUGAUGAAUUAGGCAAUUCUGUUCUGGCCGCCUGCUUGGAGGCCUUCCGGUCUAUCAAUAUGGAGGUUCAGGAGGGAAUCCACCCUUGUUUGGGAGCAGUGGACCUGAUUCCCAUUUAUCCUCUCGCUGGUGUUGGAGUGGAAGAGUGUGGAGCUGUGGCCAGAAGCCUCGCCGAGAGUCUGGUCCUGCAGGUUCCGGGCAGCAGCGUGUUUCUCUUUGGGGAGGCCGACCUGCCCCAGAAGCGCACCCUCGUCCAGAGAAGGAAGCAGCUGGGCUGGUUCACAAGGAGGGAUUUCAGUGCUCUGGAGCCUGACCUGGGAGCCGCGCCUGCUCGGAGAUGUGGUUUAACAGGCAUCGGCGCCAGCCCAUAUGUGAUGAACUGCAAUGUCACCAUAGACUCUCAAGACUUGGCUUUGGGAAAAGAGAUUGCCAGUGCCAUUCGGGGCUCCAAUGCAAAUGGACUGAAGGGCGUCCAAGCGAUGGCUUUUCCCCAUGAAGGGAAAAUUGAGAUAGCGUGCAAUGUAGAGAGUUUUGAAGACCAAGAAGCUACAGAAACCUCAGAAGAUUCACAAUACGUGGCUUACAGUGUCCUUGGCAACCACUUUUCUUAUGUAUCUCCUCGUUACAUAGAAGCUCAAGUUAAAAAGUUGGCGGGUGAUCAAGGAAUUGGUACUGUAGGGAGAGCAUUGAUUGGAUUUACACCCCAAGAGUGCAAGAACUGUGCUGAAUAUGCUAUAAAGGAAAGUAUUGGAGAAUUCUGGAAGAUACGGGGAGGUGUUUUCAUGUGAUCCAGUUUAAGGAUUCAUGGACAUUUUAAGGAAGAACAUCAACCAUUACAAAAUUAUUUUUUGGCCAAUAAAGAUGAGGGGAAGAUACAAAGAGCUUGGUUAUAGCUUCGUACUGGAAAAUUAGAAGCAUUCUUUGUUCAAUAACCUGUCUUUAUAGAUCAUUCGUGAUUGCCCUGCGAUAUUUCUAGUCAUUAAAACUCCCUAAGAACAUGUUCUGUAUCAAGUUUAUGUACUUGGGUGCAUUAGAAGCCUUCCUGAGUCAGCUGGGUAAUAUGGCCCCGGUUGCUGAACCACCUUUAAUUACUGUGAGCAAAACCAAAACUGGACUCGAUUCCCCUGGUUUCCCCGAAGUCUUUAUUCCCAAGUUCUGUAUUCAAUUUUCAUUUGUCAAGUCAUCAUUUUCUAACAUGUACUU